AUUUAGGGGAGACAGAUACCAGCACGCAACCCCGUGAACUAGGCCGUAUAGGGUUCCCUCCCAUAUUCCCACUCUUUCGCAAUUCCCAUGUCCCUCGACAAAUUUCCUCGCUCUUUUUCUUUUUCUUUCUAAUAAAAUUCACAAGCAAAUCACUCUGUUCUUCUUGUUUGUUUCUCUCGAUCACCCUCUCACCUCAAAACUGACCUAGAAUCCCCAAGAGAUAUGCCCCUCUUCAUCUCCGAGGAGGAGCUGUCGCAGCUCUCGAACGAUGUCGCGACGGUAGCGGAGAGGGCGGACGCCUACAUAAGGGAGAUUUACGGAGAGCUGGAGACGGCGAAGGCGAAGGCUGAUACCGCCGCCAUCACUGCUGAGCAAACCUGUUCUCUUCUGGAGCAGAAGUUCCUCUCCAUCUCCGGAGAGUUGUCGGACCUUCAGUCCCAGAACGCACAGCUUCAAUCCUGUCUGGAUGAAAGACUCGCCGACCUCGCCCAGUCACAGGCUCAGAAGCACCAGCUCCACCUCCAAUCCAUUGGAAAAGACGGGGAGAUUGAGAGGUUGACAAUUGAGGUGUCCGAGCUACAUAAGUCAAGGAGGCAGUUGUUGGAGAUGAUUGAGCAGAAAGAUUCGGAGAUUGCUGACAAGAACGCUGUUAUUAAGACCUAUCUUGAUAAGAUUGUUAACUUGACGGACAAUGCUGCCCACAAGGAGGCUCGAAUAAGUGAAACUGAGGCUGAGUUGGUACGAGCACAGGCUACUUGCACUCGCCUUUCACAGGGGAAAGAGCUUAUUGAGAGGCACAAUGUGUGGCUUAAUGAGGAGUUGACAGCCAAAGUUGAUGAUCUUGUCAAGUUUCGUAGAACACAGUCUGAACUUGAAGCUGAUAUGUCUGCUAAGCUUGCUGAUGUUGAGAGGCAAUACAAUGAAUCCUCCAGCUCCUUAAAUUGGCACAAAGAAAGAAUGAGGGAACUAGAAAUUAAGCUAACAUCUUUACAGGAGGAUUUGUGCUCGUCGAAAGAGGUUGCUACAUCCAAUGAGGAGCGAUUUUCUGCUGAACUAUCAACUGCAAAUAAGCUUGUUGAGCUAUAUAAAGAAAGUUCUGAGGAAUGGUCCAAAAAGGCCGGGGAGCUUGAGGGAGUUAUAAAAGCUUUGGAGAUGCGCCUCAUUCAAGUUGAAAAUAAUUACAAAGAUAGGCUUGAGAAAGAAGUAUCUGCCAGGAAACAAUUUGAGAAGGAGACUGCAGAUUUAAAAGAGAAACUUGAGAAGUGCGAAUCUGAAAUUGAAGCUGCUAGGAAAGCGAAUGAGUUGAAUCUACUUCCACUUGGAAAUUUCACAACAGCAACAUGGAUAGAUUCAUUUGAUGCUAAUGACAUGGUUGAGGAUAAUCGUGCGCUUGUUCCUAAGAUUCCAGUCGGGGUUUCGGGAACAGCACUAGCUGCUUCUCUUCUCCGUGAUGGCUGGAGUCUGGCCAAAAUGUAUGCAAAGUACCAAGAGGCUGUUGAUGCUCUUCGACAUGAGCGAUUGGGAAGGAAGGAAUCUGAAUCAACAUUGCAACGGGUACUAUGUGAACUAGAAGAGAAAGCAGCAUUCAUUAUGGAUGAAAGAGCGGAAUAUGAGAAAAUGCGUGAGGCAUACUCUAUGAUUAACCAGAAAUUGCAGAAUUCUACAUCAGAACGCUCACAGCUAGAGAAAAUGAUACAGGAAUUAAAGGCUGAUUUGAGGAGGCAUGAACGAGAGAAUAGUCUGGCUCAGAAGGAGAUUGCUGACCUUCAAAAGCAGGUGACAGUUCUCCUUAAGGAAUGCCGUGACAUACAAUUACGUUGUGGACCUGUUGAGCAUGAUUUUUCUGGUGAUUGUACAAUUGUUGCUGCUGCUGAUAGAAGUGUGGAGCCUGAUGCUGACAGAGUUAUUUCAGAAUUGACGUUUAAGGAUAUAAAUGGAUUAGUUGAGCGGAAUGUCCAACUUAGGAGCCUUGUGCGUGAUCUUUCUGACCAGAUCGAGAGUAAGGAGAUGGAGUUCAAGGAAAAGCUGGAAAUGGAGCUCAAGAAACAAACUGAUGAAGCUGCUUCUAAAGUUGCGGUAGUGUUACAAAGAGCAGAAGAGCAGGGACACAUGAUUGAAUCACUGCAUGCCUCUGUUGCAAUGUACAAAAAGUUAUAUGAAGAGGAACAUAAGCUUCAUCUGUCUUAUUCCCCUGCAAUAGAAGCAGCCCCAGAUGCUGGAAAGAAGGACUUCUUGCUUCUUCUGGAAGGGUCCCAGCAGGAAGCUAGUAAGAAAGCGCAAGAAAAAGUUGCUCAACGGGUGAGAUGCCUUGAAGAGGAUCAAUCUAAGGCCAGGGGUGAGAUUAUAUCUUUACGAUCAGAGCGUGACAAGUUGGCUCUUGAAGCGAAUUUUGCUAGAGAAAAACUUGAAAGUGUCAUGAAAGAAGCUGAGCAUCAGAGGGAUGAAAUCAAUGGCGUUCUGGCAAGAAAUGUCGAAUUCUCGCAGUUGAUUGUUGACUACCAAAGGAAGCUACGUGAAAGUUCCGAAUCUUUAAACGCAGCUGAGGAGCAUUCUCGGAAGUUAAUUAUGGAGGUGUCUGUAUUGAAACAUGAAAAAGAGAUGUUAGCAAAUGCUGAAAAGAGAGCAUGUGAUGAAGUUUGUAGCUUGUCAGCGAGAGUUCAUCGUCUGCAGGCUAGUUUGGAUACUAUUCAGAGUGCAGAGGAAGUUCGUGAGGAAGCAAGAGCUUUGGAUAGAAGGAGACAAGAGGAGUAUGUAAUACAAAUAGAGAAAGAAUGGGCUGAAGCUAAGAAACAACUGCAAGAAGAGAGGGAUAAUGUUCGUACGCUAACGUCUGGCCGUGAGCAGACUCUGAAAGAUGCUAUGAAACAAGUUGAAGAAAUAGGAAAAGAACUGGCUAAUGCGUUGCAUGCUUGUGCAGCUGCUGAGGCAAGGGCUGCGAUUUCUGAGGCCAGACUCUCUGAUUUGGAGAAAAAGCUUAAAUCUUCUGAUGUUAAGAUUUUGGAGAUAGAUGGUGGUACUGUGCCAUCCUCUGUUUCAAGAAAUGAGGUUGUAGAACUGCCAAUGACAAGUGAAGAGAUAGAGACACUAAAGGAGGAAGCAAAGGCUAACAGGGAUCACAUGCUGCAGUAUAAGAACAUAGCACAAAUUAAUGAAGCUGCAUUGAAGCAAAUGGAACUCACACAUGAAAGUUUCAAGAAUGAGGCCGAAAAGUUAAAGAGAUCUUUAGAAGCUGAGCUUGGUUCACUUAGAGAAAGGGUUUCUGAACUUGAGAAUGAAUCUUCUUUGAAAUCAGAGGAAGUAGCUUUUGCGACUGCAGGAAAGCUAGAGGCUCUUUCAUCUGCAUCAGCAGAAAUUACAAGUUUAAAGGAGGAAACUGCAGUUAAAAGUUCUCAAAUUGUGGCAUUGGAGAUUCAAAUUUCUUCUAUGAAAGAGAACCUGGAGAAGGAGCAUGAAAAGUGGCGUGCAGCUCAAGCUAAUUAUGAAAGACAGGUUAUUCUACAAUCAGAAACCAUUCAGGAGCUGACCAGAACAUCACAAGCAUUGGCUUUACUGCAGGGGGAGGCAUCUGAGUUGCGUAAAUCGGCAGAUGCACAUAAAAGUGAAAAUGCUGAACUUAAGGCUAAGUGGGAGGUGGAGAAAUCAAUCCUUGAGGAAUCAAGAAAUAAAGCUGAGAAGAAAUAUGAUGAACUUAAUGAACAGAACAAAUUAUUGCACAGUAGGAUUGAGGCUUUGCACAUUCAGUUGGCUGAGAAAGAUCGUGGUUCUUCUGUAAUUUUGUCUCGAAGCGCUGUUCAAGAUCCACUUGGUGAUUCUGGUUUGCAGAAUGUGGUUAAUUACCUCCGACGGACGAAAGAAAUAGCAGAAACGGAGAUUUCUUUGUUGAAGCAGGAGAAGUUACGGUUGCAAUCACAAAUUGAGAAUGCUCUUAAGGCAGCAGAAACUGCCCAAGCCACACUUAAUGCUGAGCGUGCCAAUAUAAGAGCCGCAUUGAUGACAGAGGAAGAGAUCAAGUCUUUACAACAUCAGGUUAGGGAAAUGAAUUUACUCCGUGAAAGCAACAUGCAGCUUAGAGAAGAGAACAAGCACAAUUUUGAGGAAUGCCAGAAUUUACGCGAGGCAGCUCAAAAAAAUAGGAUUGAAUCUGAAACUCUAGAGAGCCAGCUGAUGAAGAGACAAAUUGAGCUUGAAGCUUCUAAAAAAGAAAUUGAAAUCUAUCGGACAGAGAGAGAUUGUUUGGAAAAGAGGGUCUCUGAGUUACUUGAGAGAUUUAAAAACAUUGAUGUGGAAGACUAUGAUCGCCUGAAAAAUGAUGCUCAACAUAAAGAGGAAAUAUUGAAAGAGAAGGAUGCUCAGAUAGAUGAAAUCAUGAACCUUCUUUCUAAGAAGCAGGACACAAUAUCAAAAUUGGAAUGUGAUCUUGCGACCAGCAAGUUGGAACUCAAUGAGAAGGAUAAAAAGUUAAAUGAUAUUUUGCUAUUAGAGGCUAAUCUAAAGUCGGACAUGGAGAAGCAGAGGAAGCUUGUCCUUCAGUAUAAGAGGAGAGCUGAGAGUUUAACAAAAGAAAAAGAGCAAAUAAGCAAAGAAAAUCAAGCCCUUUCGAAACUGUUGGAGGAAUUGAAACAAGGUAGAAGGUCCAUCAGUGAUACGACUGGUGAUCAAGUCAUGAAGGAAAAAGAGGAGAAAGACACUAGAAUACAGAGUCUGGAAAAAACGGUUGAGAGGACAAGAGAAGAGUUGAAGAAAGAAAAGGAUGAACAUCAGAAUGAGAAAGCAAAGCGUAUAAAAUGUGAACGGACUAUCAUGGAAGCUGUUAGGAAAACUGAAAAGGGAAAAGCAACCGUUUUAAGUGAGCUUGAGAAGUAUCAGCAGGCUUUGAAGCGCCUCUCAGAAGAACUAGACAAGCUCAAACAUGCUGAAGGCAAUCUUCCAGAGGGUACCUCUGUGGUUCAGCUUCUUUCUGGCACCAUCUCUGAUGAUCAUGCUUCUCCAUAUUUAUCUGCUGCAGAGGAUUUUGAAAGAGUAGCACUUUCAAUUCUGAAUGAGCUUGGAACUGGCUCUGGAGACGUUCCUUUGGUUGACCCUUCUGUAUCCACCUCUUCAGGUACAGUACCUCAUCAUGAUCCCAUUAUUGCAUCCUCAACUGCUCCUGCAACAAGCCACCAUCAACCAGCUAAAGCAUUAGAAGAGAGGAGAUCUAUUUUACCUAAAACCAAUAUUGAAACUCGUAAAACUGGGAGGAAGCUUGUCCGCCCACGUUUUGUCAAAGCCGAAGAGCCACAAGGUUAUGUGGAGAUGUCAGAAGCUACAUCUCUUGAUGGUGAUGCCCAAGGAACUCUUGCUCAACAAAAUCAACCAGUUCGCAAACGUCUAGCUUCAGCUGCUUCUGAGUUGUGCGAGGAUUUACCAGUUCCAGGGGAGACGAGUACUGACGUGGCUGUACCAGUUCUCAAGAAACCUAGAGGUUCAGAUUCCCCACCAGAGGCUGCUGAAGGUCAAGCUGCUGCUCUUUCAGAAAAUCUUGGUUGCACAGAAGUAACUGAAGAAGCGUAUGAUACCGUUGGUGAUGUAGCUCAAGGUUCGAAUGAGGAGGUUGUUGAUGUGGAGAAGGAAGAGGCUGAAACAAUGGAGGAGAAAUCUGAUGAACCAAAACAACCCCAAUUAGAUGGCAAAAAUGAGGUUGAAUUGCUGGAAAAUAAAAACAAUAUGUUAGAUGAGAUGUUGGAUAGGCCAAGUGGAACUGAGAUGGCGGUUGACGAUGAAUCAAAGAAUCUGGCUGAGCAAGAUAGCCAACAGCUCUUGCUUGAAACUGAGAGUGAGAGGGAAGAAGGAGAACUGGUCCCUGAGGUAGUAGCAGAAAUUGAAGGAGGUGCUGAUGUGCACAAUGGGAUGGGAUGCUCUGAAAUUGGGGACUGUCAGCAAGAGCUAGUUCCUUUGGCUUCACCUUCUAGGGUUGAUGAUGAAGCACUAUUUACUGCAGCAGUAGAAGGUGAUAACUCUCCUGACGUAAAUGAUGAGAAGAAUAAUGAAGGUGAUGUAGCUGAAGAGAUUGUUGCUGAAGGAUUUGAUAAGUUAAAUGACGGUAAUCACCAGACUGCAGUGGAGACGGAUCAGAUGCCUGAAGCUGCCACUGGGACUGCUGAGCCUACCUCAGUAAGUGUUCAACCAGACGCCGAGGUCACAAAGCCUGCUUCUACAAGUGUUACACCAGAGACCGAGGUCUCAAAGCCUGCUUCAACAAGUGUUCCGCCUGACACUGAGGUCUCAAAGCACAUUGGUUCAAGUUCUGCACCAGAAGCAGAAGAUGUAAAACAAACAUCUCCUGUAGGUGCAACCUCAACUUUGGUAAAUCUACAAGAGCGAGCGAGAGAGAGAGCCAUGCUAAGGCAGGCAGGAGUGCUUCCCUCCUCAAGUAGAGGUCGGGGAAGACCAGCAAUGCGCGGUCGUGUUGCCCGGGGACGCAGUGGGCGUGGGCGUGGACAAAAUUCCGAAAAACAGUGAGGAAGAUUUUUUGUGUUGGCAGGGAGAGGAUAAAAUGUUUACCUUCUUUUCCUUGAGAAAAAAAAAUCUUUCAAAACUAUCGGCAUAGACAUAGACAUUCAAAAUUAAUUCUCUAAUAGUUAAUUAUUGUUGAAGAUUAAAGUUUUUGACGGAAUAGCUUGUUUAGACUGACAUGAUAUUGGGUGCAGCAAGAGGAAUGAAUAUGAUAGUUUUUAGCCA